AAUAAAUAAAAGAAACCAAGAAAGGAGGCAGAAGAGGCCGCUCGCUCGCUCCCUCUAUACCUCUCGCUCCCUUCUUCUCAAAUAUCCAACGCCCUUCGAGACUUCCCCCAAUUUUCCCCCUUUUAUUGAGUCGAUUCCGUUAAAGGAGUUUGUGGAAUUCGGACUGCUGUGAACAUCGAUGGUUGUGGAUUAAGGAAAAAGUGAUUUCCUGGGGCAGAAUGAUGGGCAAAAAGGUGUUCCUAACAUACAAACGUAAGCGCUCCUCAUCUCAGGCUCGUCAUGGUAAAGGAGUUACUGUUGAUUCAUCUUCAAAGUCUCCAAUCGGUAUACUUUUAGAGAUUUCAAGCCAGGAAGCUGAAUCUGGUCUCGACAAUGAGAAGCUGAAGAAAGACAAUACGCAUUGCUCUAGAUGUGGUUCUGUUGAUGUCAAUGAGAACCUGCUGGGCUGUGUUAGAUGCUUAAGGAGUUAUCAUCUGCGAUGUGUCGACCCCCUUUCCAAGUAUAUUCCUCAGGAAAAAUGGCAAUGCUCAGCUUGUAUCAAAAGUCAGCAAUUCGAGGAGUCUAUGCAGCAGCAAGUUCAAGAGACUAAUGAAAAUAGUAAAAAUAAAAGCAUUGAGGGGUCUGGGAUUGGUCCACCUGGGGACAGCUCUGCGAAGACAAGUUCUUCCACAAAUGAUACAUCCGUUAAGAAGAUUAAAAACAUUAUACAGACAGAUGAGUCAUACACAGAUUCUGGUUUGGCAUGCAAGGUCAUAUGCACUGAAGGGAGUUCAAGCUCUAAAAUAAUAGACUUGGAGAUUGUAGGAAGAUCAAAUUCCAUAUAUUUGGAUUCAUUAACUGAAAGAAAAAGUAGUUCUGCAUUCCCAGAGGAUUGUGUUUCUGUUUUGUUGAAUUCAGAUAAAAGAGAGGGUUUUUUAUGCAAUGAACAACGUCCAAAAGAGAAUUGCAGUACUCCCUUGAUUACCUUUUCUAGGAGAGUGAGAAAAAAGCACGAUGUAGGUGAGAAAUUAAUGGGACGAAAUUUGAGGGCUGAGGAGAUACAGUGUUCAACAGGUAGCUGGAGCAAAGUAGGACCUAGUUGUAGAUGUGAAGGAUCAAUCCCAGAAUGCAGCUUCAUGGAUCACUCGACUAAAGAUGUUUCACCAGAACAAGCUGACUGUAGACCGUUGCAUGUGGUUCAACAAGCUAUGAUGGCUGAUGUUGGAAAAGAUGCUGGAGUUGAAUCUGAACAUGCCAGUGCCCUUGCAACAACAAAUGCUGAGGACACUGGUGACAAAUUAUCUCUUCAAUGCUCUCAUAUUCCAGAGAAACCAAAUCUGAGCCAUCAGCAUCCAUUGCCUUUGCAACCUGCGGGACAUGAUCCUGAAGACCAAUCAGAAAAACUCGCAGCUGCACAUACAGCUAAUGUCAUCAGAGACUCCAUUUUAGUGCAUGAGUGUAGGGGAUCAGGCUCAUUGGGAAAUAAGUUAGUUGGUACUACAAAUAGCUCUGAGAAAGCAGUCAUGCUACAUGGUGUUUCAAAGGAAAGGAAUCACCUGAGUGAUUUGGAAUUUUCUAUUGGCGGUGGCGGCGGGUGCGACGGUGGUGGUGCUCCGGCGGUACGCGUUGGAUGA